CUAGAAUGGGAUCUCAAUAACUUUCAAUAAGAGCUACAUACUAGAUAAUGCUACAGAGAAAACUUCAAUACCACUUGUUAAAUUCCCUUCUACGUUAUAAGAAUCUAUUUUUCUUCAAAACUUUCUCUACUAUUAGCGAAUCAAAUUCCAUACCUUAUUCAAAUCUGAAAAUAAAAAAUCAACCUGAAAAUACUCUAAGUCUAGAAGACUAUAUCAAUUCAAAAUUACACACUAAUAAAAAUAAAAAUACAAGUAUAAAUACAAAUUUAAAGGAACAUGAUAUUAUUGAUAAUGAUUUGAUUACAUUUUUUGAUUUUAUUACUGCUCAACCCACUGAAGAUCCCCAUAAAAUUAAUAAUUUUCGUCGAAGAAUAGCAGAACUAUUUCAAUCAAAUAACAGAACCUUACCCCUAACAUCAUUUGACCUAUUGUUUAAAUAUUUUGACUUAUAUAAACAAGUGUUUUCAAAUUAUGAAAAUUAUAAAAUUUUAAAAAAUUCUUUCAAAUUUAAUAAUAAAGAUCAUAAAAACCUUAUGAAUGUCGCUGUAAACUCUUUAACUAAUCAUAAUGCCACCUUUAAACUUCGAUAUUUGCUUGAUGAUAGUAAUUUUCAAGUGAAAAACAGACAAAUACUACAAGAAAGAAAUGGUUAUAUUGAAAAUGAAAUGCUAAAAGCUUCCGAUAAUCAACAAGUUUAUUCUCAGUUUAUUUCACAGUUGUAUUCAACUAAAGAAAAGGAAUUGAUAAGAAUCCAAAAGCUUUAUGAUUUGUAUCUUCAGUUUCCGAAACCGAGACCAUUAAAUUUUUUCCCCAAUCAUUUCAAUGAUUUCUUAUUACUAUUUUCAAAUUUAAAUUUAGAUAAUUUUAAAUAUCAAUUUAAAUUACAAGAAACAAUGUCAAGAAGACUUAUGAUAGAAAUAAAUAAAAGGAAAACUCUAAGUGAACGCUUAUUAGAAAAAGAAGAGCGAAAAAAACAAAAAAAACACAAGAAGAUGGAAGUAAUUGACAAUGUUACAAUUAUUCGAGAUAUUUAUUCACAAAUAAUAGCAGACAUGCUAGAAUUCAAUAUUCCGGUUACCCUUAAGGAGAUGUCAAGAUUAAUUGAACUAAAUUUAGCUUUUAAUAAAGGAUUGACUGAAAACGAGACUAAAUUACUUUUAAAAAUGUGCCAUACAUGUUUAAGUACGAAUAAUAAUGAUGAUGAUAACGAUGUCUAUAAGAAAAAUUCUGAUAAAAGUUUAGUUGAAAGUCUGAUCAAAAAAAAUUAUGGUGUCGGGAUAAUUAGUUUAAUGUUGAAGUAUUCAAUGAAAUCUAGGAAUACACAACUAACUAAAGAUAUAAUUAAAACCAUUUAUUUUGAAAAGUGUAAUUUAUUAGAUAUCUUACCGGAUAAGGGAUCAAAUCUUUUAUUUUUAGACUUUUUGAUUGUGACUAACAAUAAAGCCAACUUUUUCAGAUUUUUAUGGAGUAUGUUUAUUAAAGAAAAAAGAAUAAAUGUUUUCACUAUCGACAUUGUGUUUUUAUUUAAAAUACUAAAAGGAUUAGCAAAAUUUCAGGAAACUGAGCUUACAAAUUUAAUAUUAGGUCGAAUUAUAAAUUUGAAUUUAAUUAAAGAAAUGGGGAAGGGCGUCAAUUCAGAAGAAAAAACAGGAUUAUUUGAGAAUUUUGAUGAAGACAAUGAAAUAGAGUUUGAUGAAAAUAAUAGCAAAGAUAUUGAUAAAGAUUUUCAUGAUAAAAAUGAUAUCAGAGUUGCUCGUCAUAGAAUUAAAAUUAUAGAUACAAUGAAAACUAGAAUCCGUUGUGUUUUAAAAUAUAAAAAAAAGAAAAAAAAUAAAUAUCAAAACUUAACACCUUUUGAGGAGCAAGUGUUGGAGGAAAUAGAGAAAAAUCAAGUUGAUUAUUGUGUUUCAAUCAAUAGCGAACUAUUUGCAAAAAUAUUGGAUAUUUCAUUACAAAAUCCUAAAUAUUCAUUUUUUGCAAUUAAGAAAUCAUUUGAAUUUGCUGAAAAAAUAAACAUCACAUUAAAUAAUUUUAUUUUCAAUAGGGUGAUGUUCAAAAUUCGAUUCCAUUUACAAAAUGAUGAAGUGGUAGAUGAAAGCUGGAGAAGCUUUGAAAACAUGAAAUACUUAUUGGAAAAAGUUAUGGAUUUCAUAAGAAACCAGUAUCUACUCAAUCCAAACCCAGCAUAUUACAAAUCAAAAAACUUUCAGCCUGAUUUUUUUGUGCUUCCCAACAUUAUCAAGACAUACAGAGUGCUAUUGGAAAAAACAACCAACUCUGCAAGGGACCAUAAGUUUCUCAAUGAACUCGAAAAGGAGAAUCUAGCAACAGAAGGAGUUGUAGGAGGAAUGCCAGCAGAUAUCAACAUGCAACACAUCUUCCACAGAAAGUACUUGCUCUUGCAAAAAUUGAUGAGCCAUGAGUUCCAAACACACCAGUAGUUGGGCACAUUGCUGUUCGGCCAAUCAGCGGGCGUCUUUCGGAGUGCGGUGAGUACCUCCAGGGUGCUUUUACACAGCUUAUUUAUUAUAAUUACUUUAUGCCGGAGUUUCCUCUUUUGAAAUAUGCAUGUAUAUAA